UGGAGAGCGGCCCUAGUGGAGAUGAGGCGAAUGGUAGCAAAGUUUGGGGAUGUGUUGAUGCAAACAGCACGCCGCAAGCAGCUGAUCAACCUCCUGACUGCAACACAGACCAGCGGGGGCAUGCGGUGCUGUUGGAUCUUCUCAUCCACGAACAUCUGUGGGGAAAUGCUGGGCUAAGUAUUUCAGCAAAGCGGAGCUCCAGCCAUGAAUUAUUUGCGCCGGCGCCUCUCGGACAGCACGUUCAUCUCCAACCUGCCCAAUGGCUACAUGACAGACCUCCAGAGGCCUGACCCUGCUCAGCCUCCUCCACCUGCCACCACCACCACCCCUGCCAAGUCUCCUACAGCUGGGCCUACACCUCCAGCCACUUCCCCUGCUCCAGAGAGGAAAUCCCAGCCGGCUCAGUCCACCGGAGCGGGUUUCUUUAGUUCCAUCACCAACGUUGUUAAGCAGACAGCUGCCUCAGCAGGGCUAGUGGAGCAGACCCAAGUCACGACACCUAAGAAGUUUAAGAUUCUCCUGGUCAUCGACGAACCACAACAGGAGUGGGCAAAAUUAUUCAAAGGAAAGAAAGUAUAUGGGGAUUAUGACAUCAAAGUGGAGCAGGCUGAAUUCAAUGAGAUCAAUGUUGUGGCUCAUGCCAACGGGACCUGCAACGUUAACAUGCAGGUUUUGAGGAGUGGCACCAAGGUUGUCAGGUCAUUCAAGCCAGACUUUGUCCUCAUUCGUCAACAUGCCUUCAGUAUGACCCAGAACGAAGAUUUUCGCAACCUGAUCAUUGGUCUGCAAUAUGGAGGUGUCCCAAGCAUCAACUCCCUUGAGUCAAUCUACAACCUGUGUGACAAGCCCUGGGCGUUUGCUCAACUUAUAAACACCUACAGGAAACUUGGGGCUGAGAAGUUCCCUCUGAUUGAGCAGACCUUUUACCCAAACUAUAAGGAGAUGGUAAGCAUGCCAUCAUUCCCUGUUGUUGUGAAGAUUGGACACGCCCACUCUGGUAUUGGAAAGGUGAAGGUGGACAAUCACAGUAAGUUCCAGGACAUAGCCAGUGUCGUAGCUCUCACCCAGACGUACACAACCACAGAGCCUCUCAUUGACUCCAAGUAUGACAUCCGAAUCCAGAAGAUUGGCAGUGACUACAAAGCCUACAUGAGAACAUCUAUUUCUGGAAACUGGAAGACCAACACAGGCUCAGCUAUGCUUGAACAAGUAGCCAUGACUGACCGGUACAAGCUCUGGGUUGACACGUGCUCAGAGAUUUUUGGGGGUCUGGAUAUCUGUGCAGUCAAAGCCAUCCAUGGAAAAGAUGGCAGAGAUUAUAUCACAGAGGUGGCAGGCUCCUCCAUGCCUCUGGUAGGGGAGCACCAGGCUGAGGACAGACAGCUCAUUGCCGACAUGGUGCUGACAAGAAUGAAGCUGUUAGCAGAGAAUGAAGCUAAUGCUCCCCAGAGACCCACCACUAUACAGCCAUCCCAGGGAGCUGGCCAGAAGGGAGAGAUCGCUGGCGAACCCACUAAGAACGGUGCCGGGCGCCCACCUCAAGGUUGUCUGCAGUACAUUCUCGACUGUAAUGGCGUUGCAGUGGGUCCAAAACCAGUCCAGGCCAACUGAGUCACCCAGGAGAACGGGGGAAAGUCUCAGAGUCUAGAUAACAAUGACGUACCAUAGCUAAUCGCAAGCGCAGACGUGUGUGUGUGGACGCUGAUAGCUAGAAUCAGAUCUUGGCGCCGUGAGCUUGGUACAGCUGAGUGCUGGCCUGGACUGUGUUUUUAACUCUAUGCAGUGUCAAAAUGUACUGUCUACUUGUUGACCUGUUGAUUUGUGUGCUUGUAUAGGUCACCUAUGUUUCAGUAGCUGUGGAUUUUCUUUGGGGCUGUUGUUGAUGAUGUAAAAAGCAGAUUGUGCCUACACUGAGUUCAGUGCUGCUCUGUGCUACUUGUUUGACCCAGCUAUGACUCUUUCAUUUGCCCCCUACCCCCUUUCUGUUUUCUAUUUUGGUGUGUAUCUUUAGAUAUUGUUCAAACUGUGGACUAUCGUGCAGUUUGAAGUUUGUGUAUAUCUCAAUAUGUAUACAGUACGUGGGUGUGUAUGACUGUAGUGGUGAUUAUUUUCAUGUUUAUACUAAUAGAUAUUUAUUUUUGUUUUGCAUGAUUGACACAAAGGCAGGUGUAAGUCAGUUAUAAAUGUCUGAACAAGUGGGAUGUUCAUGUAACAUCGCUGUUUUACCCUGUGAUUCAUGCAUUGUGAAUGUGUCAUAAGAAAGGAAUAUUAUAUAGGCUCUAGAGGAUACAUAUAUUCAUACCCAAACAUGCAUUAACACAUUGAGAGUGACUGUGUGCACUCCUGCAUACACACACAAUAGAGACAUGCAGUAUGUUGCCUUUCAUAAAGUUAUUUUUUUUCAUCCAUAAUGUCACAAUGUCACAAGAGAAGAGAUUAUUUAGGAUGAUUUUAGAAUACUUAUAGAUGGACACAUAAUAAAUAUUAAAAUUAGUAUAAGAUUUAUUACAGAUUGUAUUAUGUAGGGUGUUGUGCAGGUGUAUGCACACACAACUUCAAUAUAUUUGUAUAAUUUUGAACCAAAGAAUAAAUUAUUUACUUUCAAUAACAGUAUUUGCACUCCAGGAACCCACAAUGUAAAUAUCAGCAAGGGGACUGUUAAUGCUGUAGUGUCACAUGGAGUGUGUAAUUUCAUCAGAGAACAGCACUCCAAGACAGCACAAAUAGCAUGUUGCAAAUCACACACCAGUGAACUGAUGCUGUGUUCAAAUUGUUGUCUUUUGCAUUAGGUUGCAUGGAAGCAGACAUUGUAAUUGAUAAUGAAAAAAGUGUUUAAUGUCAGAUCUGCUGUGAGAUGCCUGAUAUAAAGUCCACCCCAUGGCCCUCACACUGGAUAUCGGCUAUCGUGGUGUUUCCAUGACAACAAUGCAAGUGCUCAGAGGUUUAGUGUGGAUUUGUGCCCGUGUUACAGCCAUUCAAAGAUCUAGCACGUUUACCCUUAUCACACACUCUUCCAGUGAGUUGAUGGAAAGUGCAAUAUAAGUCUUUUUUUUUUACAAAAUAAUGUAUUUAUUUUGAAAUCAGAUCUUCCAUCGAAUUGAUUAAAAAAAAAAAACUAUAUUCAUCCACUCAUUGAAUUGUUUUGAAAACAUUUUCACACAAAUGUCACAAUCACUCAGUUGUUGUCCAGUGGCUAUGGUGGAGGUCCCUCAUAUGAAUGGUGAAACAGCUAAAUAGCAACCAAAACAACUGUAAAAAGAAAUCUGGACCAUUUUCCAACAAUUUGUUUGUUACUCUGAUAUAAAGUAUGUUCAGCAAGCUCUGUGUGCAAUUCUUUUCCAAGUUGUAUAAAGUGCCAUUGUAUCUGUGAGCGUAUCCUUGUAAAAGCCAUGCCUGAGGCUUUAUGGAUGUGUUGUUCUGUUUACUAGGAAAUAUGCCAUGACAUUGAUUUCCAAGGGAGGAUCGUGCUGGGGUUCUCCAGUCUCAAAAGCUGCAUGGUUAGGCCUUGGUUCGGUGAUUGAUAAAUUAUAAUUGGGUGUGUUUAUUUGGCCGUUGUGUUGAGGUGAAACUUAUGUCGUCAGACCUGCAGGACUUUAAGGGCGAUGGUAACUUAUAUGUGUACUUUUAAAACCGGUGUUGGACUGUUUAAAUCAAGAUCAGAAUAUAAUAUAUUGUGGAAAAAAGUCCGUUCUGGAUAUUUCCCCUCUUGUCACUGGCAAUAAAGCUUCAUUUGCAAUAUA